UCAUUUCAAUUGGCUGCGGAGGGCAGGAAGUGAAAAUAUUGUUCCCACCUUUCAGUCUCAGCUGAUCUCUCCGAGACGGAAGUGAGUGUGGUUGUUUCAGACAUUGAGUCUGUUAGCUUUACUUUGAAUGUCUCUCAUCCCAACAGAAGCCUGGCAAUGGUGGGCUGAGGGAAGCGGUGCUAUCGUUUUAGCUGUGAGUGAGAGAGCGAAGAGCCGGGCUCAGGGCAGGUAGAGAGUCAGGGAAUUAAAGUGGGCAGGAGGAAGAGAUACCUGCAAUGAGAAGAGUGUCAGAGGGUAAGGGAUGGCAUCCAUUCAACAGAGCCGAAAUGGAGACGAAGGAGAGGACGGCGAGGAUGGCUCUCUCCACAAAAUGCUGAUGGCGAUAGAGGAGGAGCGGAUCAGAGCAAGCCUCAAGCAGGAGAUGAGUGGCCUGGGCUGUUUCAAAGAUGAUCGUAUUGUCUUUUGGACCUGGAUGUUUUCAACUUACUUCAUGGAGAAAUGGGCCUCAAGACAAGAUGAUAUGUUGUUCUACGUACGUCGCAAGCUGACCUUUGUUGGCCCAGACAGCAGUGAUGGAAAGCAGGUUGAAGUUGAAGUUUACCGCCGAGAUUCCAAGAAGCUGCCUGGCCUUGGUGAUCCAGACAUUGACUGGGAGGAAAGCGUUUACCUGAAUCUGGUUUUACAAAAGCUGGAAUAUGUAGUAACGUGUGCAGUGUGCACACGGUCAGAUGGAGGAGACAUUCACAUUCAUAAGAAAAAGUCACAGCAAGUAUUUGCUUCCCCAAGUAAGCAUCCAAUGGAUAGUAAAGGAGAGGAAUCCAAAAUCAGUUAUCCAAACAUCUUCUUCAUGAUUGACAGCUUUGAAGAGGUAUUCAGUGACAUGUCUGUGGGAGAGGGAGAAAUGGUCUGUGUUGAGCUAGUCGCCAGUGAUAAAAACAACACAUUUCAAGGAGUAAUAUUCCAGGGAUCCAUAAGAUAUGAGGCACUAAAAAAGGUCUACGAUAACCGGGUAAGCGUUGCUGCUAAGAUGGCCCAGAAGAUGUCUUUUGGCUUCUAUAAAUAUAACAACAUGGAAUUUGUCCGGAUGAAAGGCCCACAGGGGAAGGGGCACGCUGAGAUGGCAGUGAGUCGUGUUGCAACGGGAGACACGUCACCCUAUGGAACAGAGGAGGGUUCUGAUCCAGACUCCCCUUUGCAUGAACAAGGGGAUGCUUCUCCUUCCUGCAGUGCAUUUUGGGUAACUUCCUUCAGCACACCACCAACUCCAGAGCGCAACAAUCGUCCGUCCUUUUUCUCUCCUUCAUUGCGUAGAAAGACCCCUAAAAAUCGGAUAGCAGAAAUGAAAAAGUCUCAUUCAGCCAAUGACAGUGAGGAGUUCUUCAGGCAUGGCUCAGACAAUGCAGACUCAGAAGAUAUUCAUGGUGUGUCCAACCUUCGAUCUCGCUCUUUGUCUGGGACUGGACGGUCCUUGGUUGGAUCCUGGCUAAAGCUGAAUCGAACUGAAGUAAAUUUUCUACUCUAUGCACAUCUCACCUACGUUACUUUACCAAUGCAUCGCAUCACGACAGAUAUUCUAGAAAUACGGCAGAAGCCAAUCUUGAUGACAUAGUAGAGAGCAGGCAGGCACUGCCUUACAAACUUGCAGCCAAGUGCCUAACUGCAACUGGAUUCUUGACAAUACUACCACCUAGUGUCGGGAUGGAAGGGACGUUUAUGAGAAUACCAGCCAAUCAAAGUGCCUCCUUCACCUGCCCACAGGAUAUCGCCAGUGUUCGUUUUCCAAUCACAUGGCAUUUGUGUUUUGAUAGAGUCCAGUUAGGAGCUGCUUCUUCCUAAGAAAUUAAUACAGAAUGUUUCACGAAUAAUGUCUCAAGACAAUUACUUUGUAUCUAACAAGAACAGUAAAGAAGAACAAAAGGUUGGGGGGGUGGGGGUGUGCAGGGAAUUAUUUGCUGAACUUUAUAUUGACAAAAGACUUCAAGUUUAAUCUUCAAAGAAGUUUGACCAGUAGGUAGAUAGCACAGUUUUCUUCCCAUAUUCUAUUCUUUGUCAAAGCAACAUUUGAUUUGCGCACUUCGAUUCAGUAAUGUAGAAUAAUUCUUGCUCACUUUAUAAAAAUGAGAUAAAGGUUCAACAAGAGACAGGAAUCACUGAGACCGCACAGUGUUAUUAGAUUUUAUGGAUCUGUUCUAGUAAUCAGUGAGACUUGCUGACGGGUGGGGAGGGAGGGAUGGUGGGGGGUGCAGGGGUGAGGAAUGACCUUUCUUCAAGACCCAAGUAUGUCUAGAGAGAGAAACAUUUGGGAGAUGUUUUUGUGCUGCUUGUAUUCUACAUGUUUUGAACAUGUUUAGAAACUGUGUCAAUGGAUGUUAUUACAGAAUCCCUUUUCUGAGAAUAUUGAUUUUUGCAUGUGGUGAAAUGGAACUUUUUCUAUAAUCCGCUAGCCUGGCUGAUUACCAUAAUGGGUGUGAUUUAAGUGGCGCACUCUCCAAGCCUCUCGUGACCUUAGGUCAUUUUUGCUGUUAAGUUGAUUUGUGCGAUAAAGACUGUCCUGCUCUGAGAACCCAGCAGCAUUGCAUAGGUUCCAUCAGCAGCCACCCAUGGGGAAUGCAUAUGGAGAAUGCUUGAGUUUUAAAAAGAAAUAUUGAGACAAACUGGACUAUAAAAAUAAAUGAAUACAUUAAUUAAGGGAGAAAAGGAAAUCUUUCCACCUCAAGAGUCUUAAUUUUGUUUUUCACUAGCUGAAGCAUUUUGACACCCACCAGUUUUGACAUUCUCAUUUCUUAUUCUUUUCUUGUACAAAAUUGAAGUAAAAUCUUAGCCAACAGCUUGUUGGAAUAGGGUUGCUGCAGCUAUUUGAAUUGUUCAUCAAACCUAUGUGCCAAGUUUUUAUUUUUCAUAAUUCUAUUCCUUCUAUUAUUGAGGAAAAAUGAUGACAGUGGCAUUUGCUCUCAUCUGCCCCUCUUCUCUUCAGGCUUUGUUUUCAGUGUUAAUUAUAUCUGUUGUUGGAUUAAAAAUGCUUGCAUGGCAUAUUUUUGCAGUGCACAGCUAGGAUUGCCACGUUUAGUGUACCCAAGUGCAGACCAAACACCAAAUAGGGACAGGAAUGCAAUUAUAAUCAUGUCUUGAAUUUGAACAUUUAAUGUGCUGUUGACUUAUAAUUUUUUUAAUACCAUUUGUUGUGGAGUUUGAUUUUGUUUGACUAAUAUUUCCACAUCGUAAAACAUUAGAAAUCUAUGGAGAAAAAAAUUGACUUCCUAUGUUCAAUUUGUUUUUUAGGAAAGCCAGAAAUUUCUGAAUGUGCCAUUCCAAAACUGAACAGCUGGCUACACUGUGCAGAGCAAAAUAGAAAUUCUACUUUCUGUCUCUUUUUUUGAAGCAUCCAGAUGUUAUGAUGGAGCACUUGACAUUUAGGUUAAAAGAACAUAAGGUGAUGUGGCAAAACUGUACUAAUGCCAAUCAGUGUGAGAGUAUUGGGGAUUCUGAAAGGGAAUGUUUGACAUAUAUAUAAAUAAGCUCAUCCAUUUCUCUACCAAAAAAAAACUAGAUUGGAUUUGUGAUUUUUUUCUAAACAAGCUGUUGUGUAGUAUAUUUUUGUUUAUUUUGUUAUACGUUUACUAUUUUCUGCUAAUAGGUGUUUUUUGGAAAGGACCAAGUUUUGCAUUUACCACUUGUGUUCUUUAAAGUCGUUAUGGAGCCACAAUGAUGUAGAAAGAGCAAGAAGCCCAAGAAACAAUUUAUUUUAAGAGAAAAAUAACUACUGUUAUGUAAUGGCUGAAUACCAAUUUAAUUGACUCAUUGUUUCAGUGCCAUCUUUCCUGGACACAGCUCUGUGUGAAAUGUUGAUUUUAUUUUUUAAAUAGUUGCCUAACUUUCAGUCUGAGGACCACAUUUCAGUCACCAUGAUGUGUGGCUGCUACAUUUUUAAUGGUAGGUGGUCAGUGACUCUCAAAUCUGAGUCUACUCUGAAUUUUUUUUUGCUCCAAUUUGAACAGUGAUUAAAGUUUAUUUAUUGCUAAUUGCUGGGUACAGAAUGCACUGCUGACUGAGCCACCAAAUUUGUUUCAUAGCUCAAUAGGUGAUCUAAUACUGAUUUUAAAACUAUCCUUUUUAAUAUGUUGUUUUUUUUCUAGCAGUAUGACACUAGAUCUCUUUCAGUUUGAAAGACUGGUUUCCAACAUUCUCAGUUCAUACUUGUAUCCUGCCAAUGGGUUUGGAGACAUGAUAAUUUAGCAAGAAGGUAACAAAUGUCAUUUUCUAAAUUUAAAAAAAAUCUUACUGUGGCCAGCAACAAAUCAAUGGUUGAAACCUUUUGCCUUUUGGCAGAAGGAAGAGUUUCUGUCGAAAUAAUUAAAAAAAAAAGUUAGAAAAAACUUGAAAGCUCAGCAGUUGGGCAGCGUCUGUGGAGAGAGAAAAAACUGGGUUACCAUUUCAGGCCAAUAACAAUUCAUUGAUUAUAAGAAAGUGACAGUUGUAAAAACCAACAAAAUUGUCUCCUUUUUAAUAUAAAGGUUUUCCGGAACAAUUGAUUAGCUGUUAUCUAGUUAUACCCGUUGUAAUUCCUGUUUGUUACUGAAGUGUAAUGGUCUGCCCCACUGCAGUAUGGUUGUGGAGGUAUUCAAUGAUCAUUUUCUUACACAGUACCCCCACUGCCUUUCAUUGCACGUCUAAGAAUUUUCCCAUGGUCUUUUCAAAAGGCUUAAAUUUCUAAUGUUAUAUUGGCUUAAUAGGCUCCUUGCAGAAAAUUAAAUUAUGAAUUCUCACAACAAGACAGUACAAUGGAAAUACUUGACAAGAUCCAUCUCCAAAGUGUGGGAACCAAUAAGUAUAGUUGAAGGAAUGUUAUAGGAAUAGCUUUUCGAAAUUGUAUCAAUUCAAUCAUUUAGAAACAUUGAAUAUAUCAGACUUGCUUAUUGUAUGGUUUUGAAAAGUUCAUUAUACCUGGUUGGAAGGUGAGAAAUAAUUAGUUCUUUGUUUUAAGCAAACUUUAUUUUAUCUUAUCUUAGUUUCCGCUGUUCUUUAUUUUUCUCCUCUCUUGUGUUUGUGCUCUCCACCACAACUAUCCACCUUAUUUCUAUACAGGUGAAUCUGUGAUACCGUGUGAUGUUUACAAAAUGUAGGGUGUGAUGAGCACAAAUCCUGUUUCUCUUGUCCAAAGAAGUUCGAUGCAACAGCCAAGAGGUCUUUUAAGAAGUAAAACCUGAAAGAGGCCCCUGGUGAAAGGUGACCUGAAAUGUUAAAGUUCUGUUUUUACAUUUGGGUAGUAGUGUCGAGUUCUGAUUUAGAUGAAAAGUCAUUACAUUUUCCCCUAAUUCAUAAACUUCAAAGUUAGAUACAGAAACGUACUCUAACGUUUCUUAUUCUCCUUUUCAGAAAGAAUUAGAGGGUGGACUAUAAAGGGCACAGUUUCUAUAGCAUCUGGCAAAUUUUGAAGAAAAUACCAUUUUACCAACAAGAAGUUUAGCAAUACAUAUUUGCAGAAACAUUGGAUGUUUCCUUUUGUUUCUUCUUUCUUUCAGUUGGAUAUUGGCACCUCAUUAUUAAGACAAAACAUUUAUCUGGUACAUAUUUGCGGGUCAUGAUGUGGAGGUGCUGAUGUUGGACUGGGGUGGACAGGGUCAGAAAUCACACAACACCAGUUUACAGUCCAAAAGGUUUAUUUGAAAACACAAGAUUUCGGAGCGCUGCUCCUUCGGUGAAAAUCCUCAGCUUGUGAUUUCAAAUAAAUCUGUUGGACCGUAACCUGGUUUUGUGUGACUUCUGACCAUAUUUGGGGGUGUUCUGAUAAUUGUUUUGCUUUUCAUUCUUAUCUUAUUACCCGCAGGGUGGUAAGUGAAACACUCCAAGUGGAAAUUAAGUUUUUUUCUUUUUAUUUAACUAGUCACUUGAAACUCUCUAAGCAAGUAAUUGGCUCUGAGUCCUAGCAGGGUAUUGAAUGGCCACUUUGGUUGUUAAAAAUAUACAUUCACUACUUUUGUCAAAUGCUGAGGUGCUUCUAUAAACUACAGAUGUUUAAACUACUUUUUCAGAACAAAAAGAAAAAUGGAUGCAAAAUCUAUUUUAGACAAAGAGGAGAGAAAUUAUAGUCAAAACAUUUUUAUCCAUGUCAUGGAGGUGACAAAAAUGCUGAAUCACUUGUUUGACCUGUUGGUUUUCAUUUUUAAGUUUCUCCCAUUUAUUUGCAAUGAAGAUUUUUGCAAUAUAUCGGAAGUAGAUCAAAACCAAUGAGUGGUAUUAGAUGCCGCAGGCAAUGUGUUAGACAGAAUGUGUUAUGGAAGCCUAGAAGUGAUAACCCAGUUGAACAAACAGAGACUUUUUCCAAAGACAGAAUCUGCAAAGUAGAAGUUCCUAACUUAGCAGGGUGCACUGUGCAUUGUUUUGUUUUUUGUGUUCAGCUAUGAUAUAUGGGCUUAAAUUAUAGUAACACUCCAAUGAUGUUUUAGAUUAGUUGAAAGAUUCAAUAGGAGCAUUCUAUAUUAAAUGCCCAUUGCACUUGCAACUUGUAAGCACAGGGCAGAAUCAUCUUAUAAAUAGGCAUUAAGUGCCUCAACUUUAUCCUGAACAAUAUUUGAAGCCUAGUUUAAAAAAAAUCUUCUAAUUUAUAUACAGUAUCAUUGUUCAUUUUGUCUCUUAUUAUUUCAUUGUUUUAGAGCUACUUUGUUAAAAUCUUACAGGUUUGACAAACUUUUGGAAGACAGGUAACUUUGUCUUGGCUCAGUUAUUCACGAAUGAUGCAAUGGAUUUUUCUGUUUUUCCAAAACCUUCCACAAGACAUUGUUUUAAAAAAAUAUAUGCUUAGGAUGUUUUCUGAUAAACUGCAGUCUGCGAUUAAAUUGUUUCUUUCUUAUUAAUUCAGGUUACACUACACUACUUCAUAGCAUCUGAUAUACAGAGUUUCUUUAUGACUGUCACUAAUGCAGAAAUGUCCCUGAAAUGUACUCCUUGCAAGUACUAGAAACCAUUAACAGGAAUGGAUCAACUGUUGAACACGAGGGACCAGUGUAUUGUGUGUGGAAAAUAGCUGUUUACAAAGAUCAUUAGGCAUUUGAGGCAAAAUGCCACAAUUUACCUCAAAAAAAACCUAUGUUUCAAAAGUCAAUGUAUUCUGAUAAAUGAGAUCUAAACAUGCUCUGCUGCGUGUAUUUUAAUUAACUGCCUACGUACAACUGUCUAUUUAUUUAAAUCUAAGCCUGGAUGCAAAGGUUUUGAAGAAAAGAAGUAUUGAGUAAAAGGGGGGGGGGGGGGGUGGUAGAAAUUACAGCUUGUAAGGUUGGUGAUGGGAUUCCACAGGCCUUGUUGCCAUGGUAACAUGCUGGCUUGGUUAGGCAUAUAGAGCAGUGGCUCGUCCAACAGAAAGGUCACCCGCCGCUUACAGCCGCGGAAUCCAAAGGGAGAGUAUUAUUAAAACAAAGUGCAUUUCCUUAAGAGCUACAAAUACUCAAUUUCCAUUAACCUUCACUCUAGGCAGCAUUCAUAGCUAAUCUUCAACAUUUCAAUGCUGAUUUCCGUUUUCAACAACUUGUGCUGGGAAUAAGAGCAAUGCUGAAGUUUAUGUAAUUUAAAAAUAGUAGUAGUUUAAUUUUCUUAUGUAACCUCUGUAUCCUUGGUCUUUUAACAUUGGUGUAAAAUAAUUAGUGUUCUAAUUGGCUUUUCAGAGUUCUUUUAACAUUCAGAUGUAGAUACCCUCAUGAGACACACUGCUACUCUGCUUUCGACUGCAUAGUUUACAAUCUUCAGUAGAAUCAAUGACAUUUUGCAAUAGAGAAACACAACUGGUUUCAUCAUCAAAAGAUUAAUUUAUCUUCUAUUGUGUUGAAGCUUUCAUGAAAGCUUCAAUCUGUGGACUGUGGAACCCAGGAUAGGCUAGUCCUGCCUCAAUUCAUCAAUACUGCAUUACUGCUUUUGUUAAAAAAAAGUCCUAAAAGUCAUUUUUAAUUUCUUUGUAUUUCCUUGCUUGAGAAUAGACUGGUCUGUGAUCCACAUAUUGUUGCAGGCUGCUAUAUUUAAGAACUGACAGUACCCUCAAGAAAAUGAGCAGCAAAGAAUAAUUGGUAUGAUUCAAAAACAGUGCUGAGCGGUUUAUUAUUGUGAUUCAUUCUCCUAGGGCCUUCAAAUUCCAUGUAUCAAUAGCUCACCAAUCUUCUUGUCUUCUAGCUUUUUUUUUAUAGUAGCAAAAGCUUUACAUAUUUAAGCUUUCUUCCAGACUUCAAAUUUGUCUUGUGGUUAACUGUGUUGAAUUGGAUAAAGGGAACAGAUUGUAGAUGCAGCUUUACUGCUGUUUGCUACCUAAAUAGUGUUGGAGCCAAAAGCAAUGUGUUCGACACAUUUUGAUUAUAGGAAUGCUGUCAAGUGUAGAAUGUAGGCUUCAGUCUUCUAUGUAAAUGUACUAUUAAAAAUUCUAUUGCUUCAGUUUAAUAAUAAACAAAUGGAUAAGCCUA